AACAUCAACACCGUUCAGCUGCCAUUUACUGCUCAUCACUAGUUAACAACCCGUACCGAUCGGAUGAUAUAAUUAUCCGCGCUCCAAAAUGCUCGGCAGUUUAAUUUCAAACAAUUAAUAUUACCGUUAAAUACGGGUGUGACACAGAUAGUGCGCGGGCGCGCGGCGGGAGGCAAAGGUAAAAAAGCGAGCGUCCGACCCCGGCGUGCCGUCACACUUGAAGAUGUAUACCGUGGCAUUGUUGACGAGUACGCUUCUAGCUCUCGUCGGGGCGCGGAUUUACGAGCGCUGUGAGCUCGCACGCGACCUGCUCCAGUUAGGAGUACGCAAGGAUCAUAUAGCAACAUGGGUUUGCAUUGCCUACCACGAAUCCCGCUUCGAUACUGCAGCUCGCAACCCCAACAGCGGCGACCACGGACUGCUGCAGAUAAGCGAAAUAUACUGGUGUGGAGCCGGCAAAGCUUGCGGACUUCCUUGUUCAGCAUUACGUGACGAUGACAUCUCUGAUGAUGUAGAGUGUGCACUUAGUAUAUACGAAGAACACACUCGGAUACAAGGGAAUGGAUUCCUCGCUUGGGUGGUGUAUCCACAUUACUGUAAACAUAAUGCGAAAAAAUAUUUAGCCGACUGCGAUCAUUCUACCAAAGAUUCAAGUAAUAAAUUUGAAGAUAGAGCACGUGCAUCACAUGAUUCUUACCCUAAUAUUAACUUUACGUCAUAUAACCCAGUGCAAAGUGACUUUUCCUAUUCUCAAAGUGAUCGUUCCGUUCCAUCGUUCCUGUCGAUAGUAUCGUUGCUUCGCGAUAAAUACGAGCAAGACUUUGAAAAAGAUUAUAAUAAAAAUAAAAACGUUAACUGGGCACAGUUUAAAAUAGAUAACGUAGAUGAUCUCAAACUGCCUGAUUUCAACAGGAGACCAAAUUUCAACUUCCUUGAACCGGUCACCGCACGCUUAUCUACAACUUCUACAACCACGAUGGAACCAGAACCGCAGUACAAACCGGUGAAACCAUGGAGAACCAUAGAGACGAAUUCGUUUAGACGUAGAAUGAUGAAAUUUAAUAACACACCGAUGGAAGAAACGAGGAACAAAACUGUGUACGAAAAUUCUUUGGUUGUCACGACUCCAAAAUAUAUUACAUCUACUGAUUCAACUAAUUAUAGUUCAUCAUCAACGAGAAGAAUAAUAUAUGAUAAUGGUAACUCAAUAUCAAGUAAUGCGUGUUGUUCUACUGUGACUCAAACAAAUAAAACACCGUCUACUAUAAUGGAAAAAACAAUUAGUUAUCCAACUCAAAAUACUAUGAUUUCUUUUACAACACAAAAACCAUCAUUAUUUUUCACAACACAAAAAUUUGGAAUAUCUUCCACGACGCAGAAACCAGUAAUUUUGUUUACUACACGGAAGCCAGAAAUAUCUUCAACAACGCAGAGAUCAAUAAUAUCUUCAACAACACAGAAACCAGCAACAUCUCUUUCGAUUCCAAUAACACAACAAUAUUAUGCAGGAUUAAAUUCUUCGGAACAAGUACCAAAGAAGGUUUCUGAAGCCACCGAGAAUAGAGCGAAAAGCUUUUGGGACAAAUUUGGUUAUCUCACAACUCAAUCACCAAAGUUAAAGCAAGUUUCCUUUACAUCUAAAUCCUUGGAGACAUCAACUGCGAAACCAUAUGUUUCAACUCAAUCUCAACAAUUUACUGCAAGUAGAGUAUUUCCAUCUCCCGAGUAUAAUUCCAUAAAUAUAAAAAAAAUUGCAACCACAACAACAACUGAGAGGACAAUAUUUUCGACAAAGCCAACAGUAAAACAAUUCCCCGUGACAAAACCAACUGCAUUCGCUUGGAGGACAACAAAAGGUUGGACAGCGCGACCAACACAAUACACACAAAGAUAUAAUCCGUUUAAAACAUAUGUUAGUGAAUAUAGGACAGACAGACCAACUUUUACAUGGAGACGAGGAAAAUCGUGGACGAAUGACUAUCAAAAUGUAACAUAUUUUAGUACUACAAAACCAACACCCUCAGUUUUUACUUCAACAGAAACUCCAUCUACAACAUCAAGACAAUAUUCGAAUCAAGAUGUUUUUAAAUCUACAAAAGCUUUAUCUACAACAUCAGCUCCAUUGUCUACAUUUUCGAGCAAUACAACGAAAUCAAGUGUUCAAACAAAGGAGAGACAGGAACUAACUGAAAGAAUUGUAGCAACAACGCCAGCAACAAAAACAACCUUCUCUAUAUUUGAUAUUUACUUAAAUCCAGCAAAGCGCCAACAGGUUCCAAACUACAAGGUUUUAUUUUCUGAUAACAGCGCUUCUAAUUUAAAAAUAUUUUCCGGUGGUACCACUUCCGCUCCAUUUAAUAGAAAUCUAUUAAAAAAAAACUUAACAUUUACCAGUGAAGUGCAAAACUAAAUUAGGGCAUAAACUUUUUUAAUCAUUUUUUAACUGAUGUAAUAAUUUUAUAAGACUUUAAAAUAUUAUUUAUUUUGUGAAUAUAUACUGCGAAUGUACAUAUAUAGUGUGAGAUAUAAGCAUUUACUAAUGUUUUUAAACUGUAAAUACAUAAGCCAAGUAAAUGUAUUUGAAGCGACUAAGUAUAAAUUUUAUUAUUCAUAUGGGUUUAAAAACUGCUAUGCGAUUUGUGAAAAAUAUUCAUAAUAACGUAAAAAGAUAAAAAGCUUACAAAAAAGACAACUAGAAAAAUAUUAUGUAUUAUAAACGUCCUUCAUUUGUUAUUCAAAUAUUAGAAAAUAAGUUUGUCUCAAAAAAA